AUGCCUCGUAUGUCUGUUUAUAUCACCGAUGCAUUGAUGACGGCUGACUUUAGAGAGAUGAGUAGUGAUGAAUUCAAGGAGAGGUACCUUGCACCGCUUGAUACCACUAUCAGAGAAUCGAGUAUAAAAAUUCAGCUUUUAUUGGACGAAUAUGCCUAUCCAUUGGGAGAUGCUUGCCAUGCAGAAAGUGCUAUCCAGGAAUACUUCAAUUGGAGAAUUGCACCAACAAUAUGUGACGUUCAUCGUAACAUCUGUGGGAGAGACUAUUAUUUUGGCCAACCGUCGAUUAUUAGACCACCUUUGGACAGAAGAAGCGUAAUAAAGGCAGAUAUAACUCAUAUGUUAAAAAAAGGACCGUUUCGAAAUUUAGAUACUCCAGAGAUUUGUUUGCGAUAG